AGUGAUUUUCGGGGGAAGGGAGAUGUUUGGGAUGGGAGAGAUAGGGUGGGAGGAGAGUAAUGAACAAGGGCUGCCUCCUGGCUUUAGAUUUCACCCAACUGAUGAAGAGCUUAUCACCUUUUAUUUGGCUUCCAAGGUCUUUAAUGCCUCCUUCUCUGGUGUUGAAAUUGCUGAGGUUGAUCUCAAUAAGUGUGAGCCUUGGGAGCUUCCAGAAAUAGCGAAGAUGGGGGAGAGAGAGUGGUAUUUCUUCAGUCUCAGAGACCGAAAAUACCCAACCGGCCUACGCACGAAUAGAGCAACUGAAGCCGGGUAUUGGAAAGCUACUGGAAAAGAUAGAGAGGUGUACAGCACUUCUACUGGCGUCCUUCUCGGCAUGAAGAAAACCCUCGUUUUCUACAAGGGAAGAGCUCCUCGUGGUGAGAAAACCAAAUGGGUCAUGCACGAAUACCGUCUGGACGGCGAUUUCUCCUACCGUCACACUUGCAAGGAAGAAUGGGUGAUUUGCAGAAUACUUCACAAGACAGGAGGAGGUGAGAAGCACCCAUUCCUCACAAACAAUAGCUUUCUCUUGGAAGCUUCUUCCCCUUCCUAUCCAAACCCAUCUCUAUCACUACCUCCAUUUCUCGAAUCCCAAACCCUAGAAUCCCCAAUCCAAGCCCUACAAAACCCUUUCGCCAAUCACCAAGACAAUGACAUGAAAGCCCUCAAUCCAAUCCAUCUCUUCCCAAUGACAUUUCAGCCCUCCUACCCAUCAAAUCCCAGCCAUAAAUCCCUUCCCCAUGAGUGCCCCACUGUUCUAAAACAGUGCAAGAUGGAGAAUUCCAUCUCCUCUUUCUACCCACAAGAAGCUAACUUCAGCAGCUGGGUUGAUAGAAAUCUCCCUCAGACCCUGUACAACCACUCAUGUAUUUUUGACAUGGGUUUUGGUGUUUUCGGGCUCUCUUCUCCUGCAGCUGCUGUGCAGGACCUGUCUCCUCCUGCUACUCUCAGCAGGCCUGGUUUUCAGAUGCUAGAUCCCCCUCCAAUCACUGGCCUUGGAGAAUCUGGACCGUUGGAUCACUGAUAGAUAGCCUAUGUUUGAAGAUGUACGGUCUUGAUAAUGGUGAUGUAAAUAAGGAAGGUAAGAUGCAUGUGUUUGUUUCCAUGUUGGAAAGUGAUAUGGCGUCGGAGGUAAGUAAGAAGGUUGCUGUGAUGGAUUAAAGGUUUGGAUAUUCGAAAAACGUCGGUGAGACUUUGGGCGAGUGAUGUGAUGUGAUUGGAGUCGUGUCAUUUGACGUCAGCACUCUAUAUCUGAUUGGUGGAUUCGUUUGCGUGCA